UGUCUGUUUUUUUUGUUUUUGGGUAAAAGAGUCUGCCAUAGCCAUCUUCUUAAACAUUCAGCGUUAAUCUGCAAAGACCGGCGCCGAUAAUGAAUAAAGGCGGUGGUUCUGGUGGCGGAAUGGCCGGAUCCGGUGGAGGAAGUGGACCGACGGCAGCUGCUGCGGCGGCGGCAUUACAGAAGCAAAAGGCCUUGUUACAGAGAGUAGAAUCUGACAUCACAUCUGUUGUCGAUAACUUCACGCAAAUCGUCAAUGUCGCAAGGGUAAGUGAUCCGCCGAUGAAGAACUCGCAGGAAUCAUUCAUGAUGGAGAUGCGAGCUUCUAGAAUGGUUCAAGCAGCUGAUUCUAUAUUGAAACUAGUAUCGGAACUGAAGCAAACCGCUAUAUUUUCUGGAUUUGCAUCACUAAACGAUCAUGUAGAACAAAGAAUUGAAGAGUUUGAUCAAGAGGCCGAGAAUACAAAUCGGUUGUUGGCUAGAAUAGCCGAUGAUGCAUCUGCCAGUCUUAAAGAGCUGGAGUCACACUAUUACUCUUCUGCUCAGAGAUUGGAUAUAUAGACAUCUGAGUAUUUAAAAUGGCAGGAGGAGCCAGCAGCAGUCUAUCUAGACCAGUUAACAGAUAAAAUAAUUGGUUCAUAAAACAGAGGAAACAGAGGACAAACGAGCGUUUUGGACAAUCCUUUCCCCAUUGAUUACAUUUCCUUCACUGUUGUAUGUAUAAUCUACGGUUCUCAGUUGUCAUAGCUUUCAAUGUGAUGAACAAACGUUUGAUGUUUUCACCAAUUUGUCAGUGAUUUUUGUGUUGUGUAUCAUCCUUUUGAUUUUU